UACCCGUAGUUGUGACGCUGACGCGUCGAAGACAACUCGUAAUUUGGUCGUUGUACUCGACUCCCGAAUCACCCCAUGAUGAGUGAAUCACGUAAAAAUCUGCGCUCCAAGGAAAGAAGACGACGCUUCGCCGCUGCAUAGGAAUCCCCGAGUACUUCAGAUAACGUGUCAUAAUGAUAUCUAAUUGCUUGUUACUCCUCGUCGGUAUAUCCCUCGCAUCAUCAGCCGGAAUCCAAGUAUUGUUUCCAGAGCUCAGACAGUACAGCUACAUCCUGAAGACGAACGUGUCGACUGGUACACCCUCCACCGACUCCUACUGGACAAUAGAAGCGAGAUUAUUACUCAUAGUUUACGACAACUACACCAGGAUAAGAUUCAAACUAGAAGACUACGAGACCUCGAUCUACAGCCAGAGUUCUGGCUAUUCAUCCUAUCAAUCAGAGGAAGCUGCUAAAUAUUUAAAAUGGCCUUGGGAAGUGGAAUAUCAAGAGAAUGGCUUCAUCAGCGCCCUGUACGUGACGGAUGAACCGGUGUGGUGUACGAACUUGAAGAGGGCCAUUUCAAACAAUUUCCAACUGAGGAAAGACAGCGGCUCAUAUACUAACGAGGAGCCAUGUCUCUACGAAAGCUGUCUCAUGGUGUAUACAGCAAACGGUAACACCAUAAGAAAGUACAGUUCUUACCAAAAGGCGUCUGUCGUUUCCCAAACCAGCUGGAGCUCUGUGCCCUGGGGUGGUGACAAUGGUAGAGGAGCGCCAGAGAACAUAGCGACGUCUGAGCGUGUUUACGAGUUUAAUGGGAACAGACUUAUCAGUUUGAACAUGCGAGGCGUGUUCCAAUACAGAGUUAGUGGGCACGUGCUCGGGGUUUCUUCGGAGCUCUCCCUUUCUUACGACACUGACUCCCCAUCACCGACGGUAGAAAAGUCGAACGUGACGCGGACCGGCUUGCAGUACGAUGCUGGCAGCUUUGACGAUUGGACCACGGGCAUCCGUACGUUCUCUCAGAGCGAGUUGAGGAACGAAACAUAUGAGAUCCUUUUGAAAAUAGCUAAAAAGGGUAUCGAUACAGACAACAUCGUUAAAAAUGCAUCUCUAAUACAUAACUUGGAUUUCAUUAAUCUCUUGAACACAGUUACCCGCCUGUCCUACGCAUCACUUGUCAAACUGUUCGAGGACCUAGUUCUCGGAACAAGCUAUGACUUGGAGACAGCUAGGAACAUAUUUUUGGAAGUCCUACCGCAUGGUAGAAGCGACGCCUGUGCAAGAUUCGUCAAGUAUUUAGUUGUAGAAGAGAAGGAGAAAAUCGAAGAUGCAACCCUUCUCUCUCUGAUUCGGAAGCUGCCCUUCAAUGUCGCUAACCACAGUCAGAAUCUUCUCGAGGAGUUGGAGACCUUCACCAAGCUCGGACUGGACUUUCCUUCAGACAUCAGGCAUGCGGGAAUUCUUUCUUUUGCCGUCCUGGUCUCUAAGACCGCGGAAGCGAGAAAGGUCAAACAGGACUACUUCGACAAUAUCGUUGUCAAAUACUUUAGGAUGUAUAGUGAUUGUCCCCAAUAUCUGGACCGUAUGGUCUGGCUACAAGGGCUCUGCAGUUUGGGAUACACGGCAGAGUCGUACAUACGCACAAUAUACGCGGACAGGACGAGAAACAGACAUGAGAGGCUUUGGGCAUCACUGGCUUGUGGACACGAGAAUAGAGGAUAUGCAGCUUUGGAGACAUCUUUACCAAUCCUGCUUGAUGAGCAAGAAGACAUACAGCUAAGGAUAGCGGCGCUACAUGACAUCCUCAGCUCUGGGAUGCGAGAAAGUGACUUUCUCUUCAUACAUGACUUCAUAGCGACGUCCAGCAGUAAGGAGCUGCAGAGAUUCUGGUAUACCACCGUGAAGAGCUUGGACAGCAACAAGUUCUUCAGCAGAUACAGAAAUGUUGCUGAUUACGUCCCAUUUGUCGCCAAAUUUGUAAAGAAUCCAGACACGACUUACUGGGCUACGAAUAACUACAUAGCAUCUAGCGGCGAGCUGAGCCCUUGGGUGCAGCUGAUGAGUGUCGGGGCCGAGCCGGCGCCAAGUCUCGCAGCGCUCACUGUGUCGUCUGGCGGGAGAAGACCAUACAUAACCUCUAUCUACGUUAUAGCAGAAGGCGUUGCUUCCAAUCUGUUUAAGAAAAUAUAUAAACUAAACUCUAAGAAUGAUAACGUUGAGAAACUAGUUAAAGUUUUGGAAAAGAUGAAGGUCUCGAGUUUGAAGACACCAGAGGAAGUUCACAUCGACAUCGUGAUAAAGGUUCACGAUAAGACAGUGUACGCGACUCACGUCAACCAGUCCAGGUUCGAAAGUUGGAACGAAAAUGACAUUAAAAAAUCAAUAAUGGAGUUUCUCCGCUUCGGUAGUCACAUCAACCAACAGAUGGCGUACUACCCUGUACAGAUGGACGUCUACUUACCGACUGAACUGGGCACACCGAUCCGUCUCCAAUCGUCAGUAGUAACGUUCACAUCGGUGAGGGGGAACAUCACAGCCCCCGUCGAGCCCGCGGAUAUGUUGUAUUGGAAGAAUGACCUGCAUAUACGGUACCAAGCUACGAGUGUUACCUCCCUGUCGACGUCGGCGCCGCUGCUGGAGUCGCAGCACAGCGUCCGCUUGCAGCGCUCCAUCGUCACACAUCUGCCCAUUAAGUUCAAGGUCGGCGUGGAACCCAUCGAGCACAAGAGUAUCACUCUGACCUGGCCGGACCCGUUUGCUCAGCAUGCGGGGGUGGCGAUACACUCGCGCGUGCAAAUAGAAAUGAACUCGAAAAAGGGUGUCGAAGUCAUCUCAGUAUCUUCGAAUGGAGGAGAAGACGACAGCGGUGUUUUCUUCGAUUGCGAGAGAAAAAUGUCUGGAGCGGAAGUUAUUGAAAAAUACAUCAUGUCCAAAUUUAUAACUUACGAUAUGUUACCAUCGCAGCAGUCUGUACUGAACUCGGUGGAACGUUUCAUGACGUCCACCGGCUGCGGUCUCGUCGUGCCCCCGACACGCCCUGCCCGUGGACGGGACGAGGUCCUGCACAUCGCCUUCAGUUUCAAAAAUACGAUCGAGUUUGAUAAAAUGGGACUCACUUUGAAAACUGUUCUACGUUACUUCAAAAAAAUCAAGGACAAUAACGACGAGAUGUAUUUGAAAAUCGACGCCGACACCAGCGUGGAGUGCGUCGGUAGAAACGUCUCCGUGCAGUCUGUUCUAUAUGUGAACCAGCCGUUUAAAGAUGACACGAAUAAAAGGUUUUGGAAGCUCUGCUACUUCGAAGAUGACACAAGCCACGCGCCCGCUGACCAGGACCUGAAUACCCACCCCGCCUCAUAUCACGGGCGCACCACUAUCACCUACCACACGUCCCCGAUGUACGAGACCUGUGACGCCGGCUCUGACGACAGCAAGCUGACGAUAGAGUACCGAGGAACGCCGAAGUAUAACUACGGGAACGUUGAGAGAUAUGUCGAAGUUGAUAUUAAAGGAGAAAAGCUCCACCAGUUCGACCUGCUCCCAGGACUAGGCUUAGGUCCCGGAACUCCCAUCGCGCAGCUUCUUGGUACUCUAGACUACAUCAACACUUCCGCUAUUAUUAAGGAAAAAGACGGCAUAGCAUCAGUGGUCGUGAACAAAGGAGCUGAGAUUCAGUUUGAGUCGGACAGCUUCGCGUGGCUGCUGGACAGCUGGACCUCCAUGCAGCUCAUGAAGAGGUUCGGAGUGUACCGUCAAUGUCGUCUCCAAGAGUCAACUAUACAAACGUUAUCCGGGAACGUGGAUCAGCUCCAGCUCCAGCAGUGUCCUGAGACCCUGGUACUCGCUGACUGCUCUGAGACUCCUAGUUUUGUAAUAUUACGUCAACAAAAUGGUGGCAUUAUAAUGUACGACGGAGAUCACGCCUCGUACAGCAGCGACACUUCAAACACGAGCAAAAAUACAGCACUAAUACCAACAGACGACGGCGUGAAAGUAAUCUCAAACUCGACAGGAGUGAUAAUAUACCGGCGGUAUAACGAAACUGUCAUCCUGAUACCGUCGUCGUACCUCCCUUCCGUCUGCGGGGAGUGCGCGGGGAACAGCGGCUUUGACAACUGUUGAAAUAUAUUUUAUUAUUUAUAAGUUA